CUCAAAAACACGUGGCCAGUCCAAUUAAAUUGAAGAAGUAAAUAUAAAAUAAGAGCCAAAAAAAUAAAAAAAUUCGUCUCGCCAGAAAUCACAAAACCACGUCGCAAUAUCUCUCCGGCGAUUAUUUUUUCUGGCAGCUACAAAGCUUCUAUAAGCAAUGACAACAUCAAAGCGACUUGCUGAUAAGAAGGUGCAACGGUUCCAGAAAAAUAUCACCAAGCGUGGAGCUGUGCCAGAAACAGUCUCAAAAAAAGGGGAGAAAUAUCCUGUCGGCCCUAUAUUGCUCGGGUUUUUUGUGUUUGUGGUGGUUGGCUCAUCUCUAUUUCAGAUAAUCAGGACAGCUACUAGCGGGGGAAUGGCUUAACAAUACAGUUGCACUGCUACAGUUGGCUUGUCUGUGUUGUAACACCAUGCACACCCCUCAAACCUUGCCCAAACGUAGGAUUGCAAGAUUCCUUGUUCUGCUGAAUCUGAUCUAUUGGUCUAAAUUUGAAGUAAACUGAGCAAGUAAUAUAUGAAGUUUGUUGUGUUUGUCCUGUUUUAACUUUCAAUAACAUAAACCACUAAUUUGAUAAAUUACCAUGAUGUUUGUAUUCGAUUCA